AUGAAGGUUAUCUUCAGAUUUCAAGAUGUUGUUGAAAUCUUGAAUAAUGGAGUAUCAGAACUGGAAACAAAUGCGACGGAAGUCCAGAAAACUGCGUACAAAGAUCAAAGGAAGAAAGACGGUAAAACCUUGUUCUUGAUUCAUCAGUGUGUGAAUUCUGAUGUAUUUGAGAAGAUAAUUGAAGAAGAAACAGCAAAAGGAGCUUGGGAAAAGCUAAAGAACUUGUAUGGUGGAGAUGAGAAAUUGAAGAAGGUGAAGUUGCAGACGCUAAUGAAGCAAUACGAAAUGCUUCAAAUGAAAGAAGAUGAAUCAAUUGAUGCAUAUUUUUCAAGAAUUGUGACACUAACAAACCAGAAGAAGGCAUGUGGUGAAUCGGUUACAGAUCUGCAGAAGAUUGAGAAAGUGUUAAGAUCUUUAACUCUGGAUUUUGACUACAUAGUAGUGACAAUUGAAGAGUCCAAGACUCUAUCUAAGAUGAAGUUGGAAGAACUUCAAGUUUCAUUAGAGGCUCAUGAGAUGAGGUUGAAGCAGAGAAACUCAGAAAGAGAAAAAGUGGCUGAACAGGCAUUGCAAUCAAGAUUCAGCAAGAAAGCUGGAAAAGAGAAGUCGAAGCAGCGAAAGAAUCUUGCUAGUGAUGAAGUCAAGCAAGAACACUGA